AUGACUAGGAGGUCCAACAAGGACAACCUAGUUGAACAUCCAGAGAUAGACAAGCUUGAGAAGCAACUUAGGAAGCAAAAAGCCCAAGAGAUGGCCGACGAAGCAGCUCGCGCUCACGCCGCUGAAGUGGCGCGCGCUAAGAAGAAGGAAGAGAUCCACCUCCUCCUCCUAAUCCACAAGACCCUGCUGGAGAUAAACCCUAUCCAUCCACCACUUCCUGCAAGGAAUGACUAUGAGAUCAAGCCUCAGAUCAUAGCAUUGGUUAGACAGAACCAAUUCAAUGGCCUUCCAGCUGAGCACCCUCUUGAUCACAUAGAAAACUUUGAAGAAAUUUGCAGCACUACAAGAUCCAAUGGAGUCUCUGCUGACUACCUUGAAGUGCAAGCUCUUUUCAUUCUCUCUUGGCGACAAAGCUUCAAGAUGGUUGAAGAACAAGAUCUCCACUUUCGCCAAGCCAACAAUGAAUCUUUCUAUGAGGCGCUAGAUCGAUUCAAGGAGUACAUUAGGGACUGCCCUAAUCAUGGUUUCAAUGAGGGAAACCUAUGGAACAUCUUCUAUCGUGGCAUAGACCACAAGUACAAGCUUUCAUUGGACACUGCAAGCAAUGGAAACUUCAUGACCAAGACUGUUGAUGAAGCUAAGGUUCUUAUUGAGAAUCUUGCAGCUAGUGAUUGUAACAACUGUCCUGAUUAUGACCGCUCAAGCCGCACCACUACUAGCUCCCCUGAUUCUUUUCAAAUGACUGAACUCAAGAACAUGAUGGCUCAAGUUCUUAAGGGACAGCUCAAGCAUAUCAAUGCAAUAGAAGGGAUGAGUGAUGCUAAUGAAGACCCAUCAAGAGAAUGCAUGGGAGAUUUCUCUAAUGAAGCCAAUGAAGAAGAUGUGAACUACAUUGGAAACUAUGGGAACAAGGGAUACAAUCCAAGCUAUCGCCCAAACCCCAACAUGUCUUAUAGAAACCCCAAUGUGGAGAAUCCUCAAGACCAAGUGUAUCCUCCAAGGUAUCCACAACAACAAAGACCUCCUUACCAAUCUCAAGGAAGUCAAUUUCAGCCAAGGCAAGAUCAUGGAUGGCCAGAAGAGAAUACUAAAGAGAUGUAUGAGAAGAUGGACACUUUGUUCAGCAAUCUCAACACCAAGUAUGAUGCUGUUGCCACUCAUGUGAAGAAACUAGAGACUCAAGUCACUCAAACUAUGGAAGCUGUUAAGAGACAGGAAGCUGAAUCCAAGAAGUCCUUUUGCAACUCAGCCGCCAUAGAAGAAAGAUUUGAAGACCAAGUUCCAGAAUGGAUGCUUUCAAAACCUACUGUUGAUUGCAUGAUUUGGCCUGAAGAGAAUUACCCAGAGAGAGAGUCCAAUCGAGCUAGAAAGAGAAGACUCUUCCCAAAGAUUAUCCCCAAGACAGAUAACUCAGGAAAGUUUGUUGUGCCUUGUAUCAUCAAAGGUAACAUUCUUGAGCAAUCUUUGUGUGACACAGGAGCCAAUGUGAACAUCAUGUCUAAGAGGAUAGCUGACAAGAUAGGCCUCACCAAGAUAGAGCCAUCAUCCAUCUCCAUCAACUAUGCUGAUUCAUUCUCACAAACCCCUAUGGCUUUGUGCCUAAUGUGA